CCGCCGUUACUGAAAGUUUUCGUCCCUACCGCCGAAUCGGUCAUUGACAGCACGUCUGUCUUGCAUCUGUGGACUACAGCCAACUGUUAAUAUUCUAACAAUGUUUAUAUUAUCCUUGCUCGGUACGAGGUACAUUUUACGACUGCAGAUGUGAAUUGUGUCGUGUGCAUAACUGUAAAUAGUCGUCUUAUUAUAAUUGCCUUUCCUAUUCUAAAUCCCACCCGGCUGUGCUGGAAAAAUUGCCGCUGGUCGGAGUGCUUGAGAAAGGGUUUUGCCUGACAGUUUAGCAGGCUUACGUGAUGACUUUGUCCACACGUCAUGACAGAUUUCAGAUUGAGAAAAGCGAAAGCGCAAUGGAGUGGAAACCUCUGGAAAUUAACCCUGAGAUGCUGAACAAACUGCUCUUUAAGUUGGGUGUAGGUAAUGGUUGGCAGUUUGUUGACAUCAUGGGGCUGGAAGAGGAAGCAUUGUCCUGGGUGCCUUCACCCUCCUUUGCAGUCAUGUUGCUUUUUCCUCUCACGCAACAGCACGAGGCUUACAGAGAGAGGCAGACGGAGAUGAUGGGUGACAGCCACAAGAGGGAGUCUUUGGUUUACUUCAUCAAGCAGACCGUGGGGAACUCCUGUGGGACGAUUGGCCUGCUGCAUGCUGUGGCCAACAACAAACACAGACUGGCGUUUGAGGCUGGCUCUGUAAUUAAGAGGUUCCUGGAUGACACAGCCAGCAUGUCUUCAGAUGACCGAGCCAAGCGGUUGGAGACAAACCAGGAAAUCCAAGCAGCCCAUGAGGAAGUGGCUGCAGAGGGACAGUGUCAGGUAGACCCAGACAAAGUGAACUUCCACUUUAUCACCUUCAUCAGUGUGGGUGGACAGCUUUACGAACUGGAUGGCAGAUUGAAUUACCCUGUGAAUCAUGGCCCUACAACAGAGGAUAACUUCAUAAAGGAUGCAGCAGGGAUCUGCCGUCAGUUUAUGGAGCGGGAAAAGGACGAAGUUCGCUUCUCGGCAGUGGCUCUGUGCAGAACCUGACCAGACCCUGGAGGAGGACACUGGAGGACUGACCCUUCAUUUAAAUGACUAAAGCACUCCUCAUCCCUGCUUGACCUGGAUCUUGUCUCCCUUUGUAUUCCUACCUGUCACUUUAAAGUUGUGUGUCAAUAAAUUUCAGUAAUUAUCUGGCACAGUUAAAAAUGAAAAUAAAAAUCCUGUAUUAUCACUUUA